AAAGCUUUGAACAACCAACUGAUACAUUUAUUUCGGGUAUGAACAUGAGCGACAUUACGCUGACCUCAUGGACGAGUCAAAUUGAUCCAAAACCUGGAAAUUUCACAUUGAAGCUAGAUCAAGAAGAUGUGAAUCAACUUAUCAUCAAUCGCAAUAGCUAUAUCCAUCAUUGGAGAAGUGGGGUUUCAGGUGAAUUUUUUCAUUCUGAUAAACUACCUUAUGCAGUACAAAAAUUGUUAUUCAACAAAAGUUCAAGUGCACGCUCGAUUUAUAAUAGUAGAGGAUUGUGAUUAAUUUUAAUGGGGAGAUACUGUAUUGGAGCUUGGAUAUGGAUGAAAAUAAAUGGUCUUUACUAUGGAGGAAACCAAUGGAUAGAUGUAGUGUGCUUGAUGCUUGUGGAAGCUUCAGCAGUUGUAAUUCAAACAAUAAGUUGGCCUGCAAAUGUUUGCCAGGUUUUAGGCCUAAAGUUCAAGCACACUGGGACAACAGAGAAUUUUCUAGUGGAUGCACUAGAAAUUCAACUUGUAACGAGAAUGAUAUCUUCUUGAAAUUGAAGAAGAUGAAAGUGAGCAAUACAGAUUCAAGAAUUGAUGAUAUAAAUGAAACAGAAUGUGAAAAAAAUUGUCUUCAGAAUUGUCAAUGCGUUGCUUAUUCCUACACUCAAAAUGAAAAUAGUGAACGGACGGCACCCUCCACUUGCUGGAUUUGGACAGAGGAACUUAAAUAUCUUCAGGAAGAUUAUGAUGGUGGUCAUAACAUCUCUGUGCGUCUGGCAAGAUCUGACUUAGAAUCAACUGUGAGAACUUGCAAAGCUUGCGGCACAAAUAUAAUUCCUUAUCCUCUAAGUACAGGAUCAAAUUGUGGUGAUCCUGCUUAUUUCAAUUUUCACUGCAGCAAUUACUCCACAGGCAAGCUUAGCUUCAAUGUACCUGAAGCUGGCAGCUACAAUGUCACUAGCAUCAAUCCAACUGCAAGAAGAUUUGUCAUCCAAGCAAAAGAAACAGAUACUUAUUGUGAUGCCAGAAGUGGCGACGUUCUGCAACUAAACCAGUCGCUAUCUUCACAUUUUAAAUUGAUUAAUGUAACAUGCUCGCGUGAUACUGAUGCAGGAAGUUUAAGUUCUGAUAUUAAAUUUCAAGGUAUCGAUGAAAUAGAGAUCAGUUGGGAUCCACCUCAAGAGCCAAGCUGCAUCUCUUCUUCCGACUGCAAGGAUUGGCCACAUUCAACAUGCAAUGUAAGAGAUGGUCCGAAAAGGUGCCUUUGCAAUGCUAACUUCAGAUGGGAUGGCUCUGCGCUAAAUUGUACUCCUGUAGAAGCCGGAAGUAACCAUAAGCAAUUUGGAGAAGAAGGAUCUCCCAGAAAAAAUGCACCAUUGCUUUUGAUCCUUGGAGUAACUAUUGCAUGCAUUAUAGUUUUUUCAUGUGUGACCGCUCUCAUUUUCAUAUGUAAGAGAAGGAUGGUCAAAAGAAAAGAAAGAAAGGAAAAUAUUGAAAGAAAUGCAACUGUUUUAUAUGGCACUGAGAAACGCGUCAAAGGCUUGAUAGACUCGGAAGAUUUUAAAGAAGAGGACAAGAAGAGAAUAGAUAUACCCUUUUUUGACUUAGACAGCAUAAUAGCUGCUACAGAUAAUUUCUCAGCCGCAAACAAGCUUGGAAGAGGAGGCUUUGGGCCUGUCUACAAGGGCACAUUUCCAGGAGGUCAAGAAAUUGCUGUCAAGAGACUUUCAAGUGUUUCUGGACAAGGAUUAGAGGAAUUUAAAAAUGAGGUUGUGCUGAUCGCUAGACUUCAACAUCGAAAUCUUGUAAGGCUUUUGGGGUAUUGUAUUCACGGAAAUGAAAAGAUUUUGCUCUAUGAAUAUAUGCCAAAUAAAAGCUUAGAUUUCUUUAUAUUUGAUCCAAAGCUGAGUCUGCUUCUGAAUUGGGAGAUACGCUUCAACAUCAUUCUUGGAGUGGCUCGAGGGCUUCUAUAUCUGCACCAAGAUUCUAGAUUGAGGAUUAUUCAUAGAGAUUUGAAAACAAGCAACAUUUUACUGGAUGCAGAAAUGAACCCAAAAAUUUCUGAUUUUGGCUUAGCAAGGAUAUUUGAAGGCAAACAAACAGAAGGAAGCACAGAAAGAGUUAUGGGAACUUAUGGCUAUAUGUCCCCGGAGUAUGCAUUAGAUGGACUAUUCUCGGUUAAAUCAGAUGCUUUUAGUUAUGGAGUGGUGGUGCUGGAGAUUCUAAGCGGAAGGAGGAGCACCAGAGCUUUUAAGCUAGAAAAAGAAUUGAACCUUUUGACUACUGCAUGGAGAUUGUGGAGAGCAGAUUACGCAUUGGAUUUCUUGGAUGAGACAAUAAGUCAAAGUGUUAAUCGCAAUGAAUUUAUCAAGUGUCCACAUUUUGCAUUGUUAUGUGUACAAGAAGAUCCUGCUGAUCGUCCCAACAUGUCAAAUGUUGUUGUCAUGCCAAGUAGUGAAGUUGCAACCUUUCCAAUCCCUAGGCAGCCAGCUUUUGUUGAAAGAAAAGGCCUUUCUGAUACUGCUUCUUCAUCAAGUAAGCAAGAAAUAAACAUGUCCUGGUCUGUUGAAUCUGGAGGAAGUAGAUGAACGUAAACAAUAUAAAACCAGAGAAUGAAGGAGAACUGUAGUAAAAAACUGAUAUGAAGCUAUAUGAAGAAUGAUUUAGAAACUGGAAUAUAUUGGACUUGGAAGCA